GCGCCUGCGCAGCUCCGUACAGCUGCCGCCAACAACAACUGAACGGUGUGCCCCCUCUCAUUCCAAGAUGGCGGACCUCCUAGGCUCAAUCUUAAACUCGAUGGAAAAGCCUCCAACUGUCGGCGACAAGGAAAGCCGACGAAAGGCUCGAGAGCAAGCAGCACGACUCAAGAAGAUGGAGGAACAGGAGAAAAAAAGGAAAGCAGAGUUCAGGAGAAAAAUGGAGAAAGAAGUGUCGGAUUUCAUUCAAGACAGUUUACAACAGAAACGAAAAUAUAAUCCUAUGGGGAAGAUUGAAAGGAGUAUAUUGCAUGAUGUAGCAGAAGUGGCCGGUCUGACUUCUUUUUCUUUUGGGGAGGAUGAGGAGAGCCGCUACGUCAUGCUUUUCAAGAAGGAGUUCGCUCCGUCAGACGAGGAGCUGGAAGCCUAUCGCAAAGGAGAGGAGUGGGACCCCAAGGUGGCAGAGCAACGGCGCAGACUAAAAGAACAGGCUGCAUUGGAAGAAACAGAAUCCAGUCAGACAAAGAAGGCAGAAACGUGUCCCAACUCCAACUACAGAGACAAGUACAGUCACCUGAUUGGCACCUCGGCUGCAAAGGAUGCAGCACACACACUAGAAGCCAACAGCACGUAUGGCUGCGUACCGGUGGCCAAUAAGAGGGACACUCGCUCCAUCGAGGAAGCCAUGAACGAAAUGAGAGCGAAGAAACGUCAGAAGCAAGAGGGCGACUCAGGGGCACGAAGCAGCAGCAGCUCUUGAGUCUCCAUUUCCACCUUCUGCUCUGUGCGGGCGUUUGGGUGCGUGUGUCUGUGUUUGUGUAAUUGAUCCUAUAAUGCAAUAUCUUUAGAAGUAUAACUUAAAAGGCAUGCGUUGAAUCCAGUAUAUACACCAAUGUCUGUGUUAGACUGUGUUGAAAUCAUGAAACCCUGUUCGGUGAAGUCUGAUCCAGGAGGUGGAUUUCCAUACGUGUUAAGCAUUUGUUUAUGAUGUCAAUUAUCAACACACACACACACACACACACACACACACACACACACACACACACAAACUUUAACGGGACAUUUUUGGCAAUGAUUGACAUGUUUGAUACAGAUGUGCAUUCACAGUCCCAAGUGACAUUUUUAUUCAGAAAAUAUUGACGUUUUGAAAGCAAGGUUUUAGGCAAACAUGGCUGAAAAGUCAAAGUUCCAAAUAUUCAGUGCAGCUUUUAAAAGGGAAACAGGAAUGGUGUCUAAUGACCAGCUUUUGGGUACAUUUUUGGGGAUGUUAUCUUGGUCUCAACCUGUUUCAGAUCUUUGUCUUGUUGGAAGCAUGCCAUUUCCUCCAUUUCAUGAGGAGUCUCCUUUUAGAGAAAAACUGUUUUGUCGGUUUUAGGAAUCUUAAGUGUGAGAUCUUCUUUGUUUUGAUAGAUCUCAAUGAAACUGUUUAUUCAAAUGAUGUGUUUUAUUAUUAAGCCUGUUGAUGACUACUAUACUAAUUGUAGGAAAAUUGGUCACAUCUUUUUUUGUUUGUCAUAUCUUCAAGUAAGUUUUUAAGGAUCUUAAUGUGAUUUUAACAUGGUUGCACUGUUAAAUUCCCCCAUGGGUGUUAAUAAAUGGAGAACAGAA